UGACGUCAGCAGGAUGGAGCCGUCCACUAGCAUCUGCUACUUUGUCUGUCCGGUUAGGAGAGAAUUCGUCGAAGAUACAGAACUGAGGAGAAAUAUGCAAUUUGAGGACAAGUUUUGCACCAUAUUGAUGUGGCAUCUGCGCCACGCAAAUUAUCCUUAUUUAUGCGUUGGCGUCAGGAGAUGGAGACGGCAUCAUAAAAUUGUCAACUUUUUGUAUUUAAAAUCGCGAAAGUUGGCGAUUUUGUUUUGCUUUUGCGGUGCCUGUCUCUUAUUGUCGGUUGCGUUGAAGGAUUUACGUGCGUGGCGUCAGGAGUAUGGAAUCGCAUAUCUGUAUCUGCUUGUUUGCCUGGUUUUCGGAAAAUAAUUGGACGUACGAUACUGCGGAAAAUUAUGCAUUUUAGGGACGGAUUUUGUGGCUUAUAAGUGUGGUGUCAGCUCCGCGCUAGUGAUCCUUGAUGAUGCAGUGGCAUCAAGAGGUGGAGACGGCGUCGUAAAAAUGUAAAUUUUUUGUGUUUAUAAUCGCGAUAGCUGCCGAUUUUGUUUUUCUUUUGCGGAGACCGCCUCUUCUUGUUUGUUGCAUUGGAUUACCAGUUGGCUGUAGUCAAGGAGGUAAGAGCAAUAUUUGAUUGUUUUGUUUAAUUGUUUAUUGGUUAAUUGUUUUGC